AUGACAGCACAUUGGUUGGUCAAAGCUGAGCCGCUUCCACGGAUCGUGAAAGGCGUGGACGUGUCCUUCAGUGUCGAUAAGUUUGCUCAUGCCAAGGUAUCGUCAUGGGAAGGUGUACGCAACUAUCAAGCGCGCGGUUUCUUGCGUGAUCAAAUGAAACCAGGGCACCCCGUCCUGUUUUACCACAGCAGUUGCCCUCUCCCAGGCAUUGCAGCGCUAGCAGAAGUAUGCAGUGAAGGAUACCCUGACCAUAAUGCCUGGGACCCCAAGCAUCCAUACUACGAUCCGAAAUCAUCCAAGGACGAGCCUCGGUGGUAUAUGGUGGACGUCCGAUUCUGCAAGAAAGUGGAUCAUUUCGUACCUCUAGCUCUUCUACAACACAUUUCAAGCUCGUCUUUGACCAAAGAACAGCGCGCAAAUAUUAACUACUUGACUGACAAACAUAUAGAAGCGAUCAAGAGCAUGCCUCUGCUUCAUCGAUCUCGGUUAAGUGUACAGCCUGUGGAUAAGACAGCCUUUGAAGCCAUAUGCUUGCUUGGCCAGCAUGGCGGCUUCGAUGCUUGGCCAGGCAAAUGGUCAACGCAAGCGACCCGGCCUGCCGAGAAACCACCCGCUGCCGCCUUGCGUCGUGCCAAGCGUCGGCGCACGUAG